UAACGCAACAAUUACUCAUUCGACAUUUCCCCAUCCAGCAAUCUCCUUCUAUAUCGAACUUUCCUUUCCCAUACUAGCUUCUCCUCUCCCUCUCUCUCUAAGUCUUUAACUGCGAUAGUUUCUUUCUGCAGCAGCUUGUACAGUAGUUGUCUGGCAAAAACCAGCACGUAUCAUGUAUCAACAGCCGUCGUCGUCAUCCUCGUCGCCACAAAAACCUACGGUCCCAAGUGGGCUGACCAGGUAUGGCUCAGCCCCAGGCUCUUUUUUAACCAGAGCUGUUGAUUCAGUCAUCGGGGUUGACCGUGAACUCUCUGGCCUUGGAUCGACUUCCCUUGUGGGCAGUCGACAAUACUUCUCUGGUGACUCGCCCUCGGUAACCUCAGAGUCAACUUGCAAAGUCAACCCUUCCAGCUGCGAUCCAAAAGCACCCAAAAGUGGUGGCAGUAGCGGCAGUUUGCAGAGGUCGUACGGCUUUAAUGAGGUAGCACAUGGUGCUGGAUCUUUGGUGCGGCAGAGGAGCUCACCUGCUGGAUUUCUAAGCCAUCUCGCCACUGAAAAUGGUGGUUUCUCAAUUACAAGGGAAUCUGGAGGCUAUAACGCUCACAGUGGCCCUGGUGGUGGCCACUCGGUAUCAAGGUUGAAGCCUCAGUUGAGCUUUACUAGGCAAGAGUCUCUUUCUCAGAUAUCUGAAGUUAGUGAGAAUGUUGUUGAAGGCAUUGGCUCUGACAAUAACCACCAGAACUGCACUCAUUCUUAUUCUGCUGCUGGCUUUGGUAUGGAAUCUUGGGACAAUCCAAAUUCCAUUGUAUUCUCUGGACCCCCCUCGAAACAAGCUAGGAAUGGAGAUGGAGACAUUUAUAGCUGUUUCAAUGGCUUAGAAACUCAGUUUAGCCUGCCUCAGACAAGUCUUGAGAUAGAAACAGUGGAGAAGCUGCUACAUGUUCCUGAAGACUCUGUUCCUUGCAAAAUCCGUGCUAAGCGUGGCUUUGCCACUCAUCCAAGAAGCAUUGCUGAAAGGGAGAGAAGAACCAGAAUAAGUGGGAAACUGAAGAAACUACAAGAUCUCGUUCCGAACAUGGAUAAGCAAACAAGUUAUGCAGACAUGCUGGAUUUUGCAGUGCAGCAUAUCAAAGGCCUUCAAAAUGAGGUGGAGAAACUCCACAAAGAAAUGGAAAAUUGUACCUGUGGAUGCGAAAAAUCAACCCCAUGAUUGUGUGAAAAAUGGGAGCCUGGAGCGAUGGUCAAUUCUUUGCUCUCUGUGUGAAAAAUCAUCACUUCACGGCAAGGCAACCGAAAGUUAGAUUGUCUAUUAGAGCACCAUGAUGUUCGGCUGAAAUGGGAUGAACGUUGACCCGACAUAAAUGUGAAAAAAGUUUUUGAUUCAAGGAAUUUGAAGGCAGGGACUCAGGCAAGCUAAAGUUAUCUUACCAAAUUUCGGUUAACAACUGUAACGUUAGGGAAUCAAACCCAAAACUGUAUAUAGUGAAGUGAUACUGUUGACUAGUAGCUAAUCAGAGAUGAUGCAUGUAAAAAUGCUGUUUAAUUUGCCCUUUUUGUUUUCUUGGUAUUUGAGAAUUGAGAGCAUAGUUACCAAAUCUUGUCGGGAUGGUCCAAGAUUUGCAUAGUGGAUUUGCCUGGUCAACUAAUGUAUCAAUGAGUGAGUCAACAGAGGUGUUGUUUGA